AUGUCGAAUACAACAUCGGUAGGUAAUUGCAAUAUAGAAUUUAUUUUAUCAACAAAAAACAAGAAAAUUGUAAUUUUUAACGAAUAUAAAUAUGUUUUCAAUCAAGAAUCAAACAAGAAAAAAUACUGGAGGUGCGAAGAUAAUGAUUAUUGUGCAGCUUAUCUACAUACAACUUGUGAAGAUAUAUACGUGAAACACAAUAAUGCUCAACAUAAUCAUCUUCCUGAUCCUGAUGAAAUUUUAAUCAUUCGACUCAUAUCAAAAAUUCGUAGUCGAGUUGUCAACGAACAUUUAUCAGCUAGUUUUAUAUAUGAAUUUGAAAUAGCCCGUGCCAAACUUACAAAAAGCCAAUUAAGUAUCGUACCAUCUUUUAGAACAAUAAAAUCUGCACUAUAUAAAGCACGUUCAAAAACAAUACCCAUAGUUCCUAAAACAUUUGAAUUUAAUGUGCCAACUUUGUAUCAACUAAAUACAAAUUCAGAACAAUUUCUACUUGCUGACUAUCAUGAUAAAAAGUUCGAUCGUGUGUUGAUGUAUUCAUCAAAUCGUCAACUGGAUAUUUUAUUUAAUUCAAGUAUAAUAUUUUGUGAUGGUACGUUCAGUACUGCACCGCCACAAUUUCAACAGAUAUACACGCUUCACGGUAUAUUCGAAGAAGAAUGUAUGUGA